CCCUUCCCCAUCCCCCCUAACUCCUGAUCCCUCCCUCCCCUUUGAAUUUGAAGAAUCCCCGAGUCUAUUAAUUGCCUCCCCCUCCCCAUUACUCUCCUUUUUUAUUUAAGAAAUUUGGAAUACAUAGACGAUACACUUGUCCAUUAUAACUGUACACUAACUUUCCAUAUCUAUCCAAUCCCAAUCCCAAACCCCACUCCUCUUUAAUUCCCAGACUUUGGAAAAGGAUGGGACGCUCACCUUGCUGUGAAAAAGCGCAGAUGAACAAAGGCGCCUGGACCAAAGAGGAGGACCACCGCCUCAUCAACCACAUCCGCCUCCACGGCGAAGGCUGUUGGCGCACCCUUCCCAAAGCCGCUGGAUUGUUAAGGUGCGGCAAGAGUUGCAGAUUGAGGUGGAUAAACUAUCUCCGCCCGGACCUCAAGCGUGGUAAUUUCACUGCAGAAGAAGAUGAGCUCAUCAUCAAGCUUCAUAGCAUGCUCGGAAACAAAUGGUCUUUGAUUGCGGGAAAAUUACCGGGAAGAACUGACAAUGAGAUCAAGAACUACUGGAACACUCACAUCAAGCGCAAGCUCAUCAGCCGUGGCAUCGACCCUCAAACCACCGCUAGGGCUCCAUCCCACCUAAAUUUAAGGAAUUCCUCUCCACCAUCGUUACCCGUGGCCAAAAUCAGCCUCAUGAAUCAGAGUAACAACAAGGACAUGAUCAGUAGCGCCACGACUUUGAAACCGAAGACCGAAUCGGUAGAAGAUGCCAACUGCAGCAGCAGCGGCACAACAACCGAGGAAGAACCACCACGACUACGACAACGACAAAAACCAGAGUCGCAAGAAGUACUGUUCGAGAGCAAGCUCAAUUUGGAUCUUUCUGUAGGGCUUGGGCCGUUUCAGGCCGAGUCGACUCCGGUGGUGUUUGCGAACACGGCCGAGUCAAAGCUACAAAAAGUUCCUUACCAAUUGUUUGGGAGGGUGCAGUCUGCCAUGGUAGCAAAAGCGGUGUGUUUGUGUUGCCAUUUAGGGUUUCAGAGCAGUGAGUUGUGUAGGAAUUGCCAGAACUCUAAUGGGUUCUAUAGAUAUCACACUUCUUUGGAUUUGUAAUUUCUAUUUAUUAAUUUUACUUGCUUAA